UUUUAGUCAUUACUCAAAGCGACCAAAGCCCUCUCCAUCUAAAUGGAAGUCAACGACGACGGAGAAAGGCUAGAGAUGGGAUCGGGACUCGUCCCUAACUGGGCUGAGUUGACUCGAGAAUGCCUUGUCGACGUCUUGUCACGGCUGAGCCAUGAGCAGAGAUGUAUCGGACCGGUGCUGGUCUGCAAGACGUGGAUGAACGCAUGCCAUGACCCUUCAUUCAACACCAUCUUCGAUCUCGAAACUCGAUUCCAGUCAUCCCCCGAGUCGAUCAACUGGUGGAAUCCCGAGUUUGAGGAAAAGGUCGAUUCCUACCUCCGAUCUGUUGUCGAUCGGAGCCAAGGCGGCCUCACAGAGAUUCGGACCAGACACUGUACGGAUCUCUCUCUAUCUUACGCCGCCGAGAGGUGCCCAAAACUAGAGCUGCUUUGGGUAAAGAGCUGUCCAAAUGUGACAGAUGCAUCGAUGAUGAAGAUAGCUUCAAACUGUUCAAACCUUAGGGAACUCGAUCUGAGCUACUCUUAUGGUAUAUCUCACGAGUCUCUGGUGAUGUUUGGGAGGAACUGCCAAAACCUCAAGGUUCUUAAGCGGAAUUUAUAUCCUCGGCUAGAUCCCCACAUGCCUAUAAUUAUCGCGCCACUCGAGUAUCUCGCAAGUUAUCCUAAACACGCGAAUGUGGAGGCUGAGAUCAUUGGGAGACACAUGCCUCAGAUGAAACACCUUGAGUUUCGGUACACCACGUUGACCGCUAAAGGCCUUGCCUCGGUUUGCCAAGGAUGUGUGGGUCUAGAGUACAUGGACUUAUACGGGUGUAUAUCAUUGAGGAGGGAGGAGAUAACAGUAUGUACCUCGAGCCUGAAGAGUUUGAGAGAGAUCAAUAAGCCCAAUUUCAGCUUCCCUAUGGCUAUUCUACGCAUGUCAAGACCGGGUAAUCCCAGAGAGGGAUGGUGAUGGUUUUUUUAUAUUUUGAAAACAGGUUUUGAUCAAAAAGCUUUCUACUUUUGUCUUUGUCUUUGUUGUUUGUGUUCCAUUAAAACACUUUACUACAUUAUAUGUUUUUCGUUGCUUUAGGUUUGAAUUGUGAUCAUAGAGGCAAGUAAAAUGUGUUAAAAGUAAAUUUUCUACAAAUCCUUUGGUUUAA